AUUACGCUCGUGCGGGAGACGGACUACCACCCUGCUACAUACAAUUAUGGCCUGGACAGAGUGGAUAUGGCAGACUACACUCUAUGCCGCCAUAUUCGCCUCUCUCAUCUGUGUCCUCCUGCUCUUGACCCUUCCCAGCGCCUACUCGAACUUCGACCCCGGCUACGUGACGGAAGAAGACUUUACAGAAGAGCACAAGUCUAACUCCUCCAAGUCUGGCUAUGCAUUCUUCACCAAACACAAAGAUGCUGCCGACCGCCUGAAGAUCGAUGCUAGUGUGCAGGUCGUCGUUCUCGGGGAUAUCGGCCGUAGUCCUCGAAUGCAAUACCACGCCCUCAGCAUCGCAUCUCAUGGCGGCACUGUCGACAUAAUCGGCUACGCUGGCUCGGAUCUGCAUCCGGAUAUCCUCCAAAACCGACUCAUCAAGAUUGUCCCCAUUCCAGCGUGGCCACGAACAUUACAAUUCGAUAAUCGGAUCCUCUUCCUCUGCACAGCGCCUCUCAAGGUCUUGUGGCAGAUAUGGAGCCUUUACUACGCACUUUCCUACCGGACCCGGGCCGCGAAAUGGAUGCUGAUCCAGAACCCACCUUCCAUUCCCACCCUCGCUGUUGCAAGUCUGGUCUCUUUUCUGCGAAAUACGCGACUGGUGAUUGACUGGCACAAUUUUGGCUACUCCAUUCUGGCUCUUCGUUUGGGACCUAAACAUCCCUUAGUCAGAAUAUCUGAAUGGUACGAAGGCUUCUUCUCAAGACGCCGGGUCCAUAGCCACAUUUGCGUCACAAAUGCCAUGGCCCGCGUGCUUAAGGAUAAAUGGGGCAUCACAAACGCGCUACCGCUACACGAUAGACCGGCGGAUAUCUAUCAACCACUCGAUCAGCAGCACAGGACCGAGUUGCUCCAAGCUCUCCCUGCGACAGCCGGGAACGUGGACGAUAUCCUUACUGGAACUUGUCGUCUCCUGGUCUCGUCGACCUCGUGGACCCCCGAUGAGGAUUUCUCCAUACUUCUCGACGCACUCGUCCGAUACUCCAACGCGAAAGACCUCGAUCCUUCGUUACCGAACAUCAUCGCCAUCAUCACCGGCAAAGGUCCGCAACGAGACUACUACCUGAACCAAGUGGUGAAGUUGACGCGAGAGAAGAAGCUCGAGCAUGUCGCAGUCUUGUCAGCUUGGCUUCCCGCCGAAGACUACGCUGCACUUCUCGGGUCCGCAGAUCUGGGUCUGUCGUUGCAUACUUCGUCUAGCGGCGUGGACCUCCCCAUGAAAGUCGUCGACAUGUUCGGCGCUGGUCUGCCUGUCGCUGGCUGGAGUGACUUUGAGGCCUGGACGGAGUUGGUGAAAGAGGGCAAGAACGGAACGGGAUUUAAAAGCUCGAAAGAAUUGUCUCAAAUACUGGAGAGAUUAUUUGGUGGCGAUGGCGCUGAGCUGAAGAUGCUACGACAGGGUGCUAUGGAGGAGACGAAGAGACGAUGGAAUGCCGAGUGGAUGCCAGUCGCUGGCAAGCUCUUCGAUUUGCGAGAUUAAUGAACACGCUUCAGCUUCAGCUUCACUGGCAUAAACGUAUGUGAUGAUCCACCUACAGCAGGUGUUUUUCAACUGGCAUGUAUGAAGAAAGGACUCGGGGCGUGCGCUAAACGUUUCCGUUAUCUGCCUCAUGGAGCGGGCAGUCGUACAUGAAGCUCAUCCAGCACUCCGAUGUGCACUCGCACAAGAGCUUUCAAACUCAACAUCAAGCUUUUCGAAAGAUUCCAAUUAUGCCUGCCUGCCUGCAUAUGGUCCCUAGGCACGUCGGUCAUCACCAGGGCGAAAUGUCACAUGCGUACCUAAGGUACCUUACCUAGCUACCUACCUUAUCUAUUCCAGCUGUGCAACGACGAUCAUAGAAUGAUGGUAUACUCGACCUUUCGGACAGAACACCUCAGAGCCAGGCGUCUCAAAUCUCGCAUACAUGUACCUUAAGGUACGAUUUCUUCUCUCAGUAGGCAAGGACACUUAGAGACAGAGAGCGCGAUAGGUGACACACCAUCCUCCGGACGUUUGCCAUACUUUGAUUUCAUUUCUUGGAGAGAAAAAAGAAAAUGAGGUAUGAAACAAUGAAAUACCCUUGCAAAAAGAAAGGACGUGAGGGGGUGUGCAGAAGUCGUUGACUGAGAUGAUUGAAGAAAAGGAGAAUGUCAUGUCAUGUCACAUGAGGAAGGCUGCCUGGCUGCGAGGGAAGAAGAAAAGGAAGAGUCCAAGUGAACCGACAACGAGAGGUCAGGGCGUAACUUGAGAGUGCGGAGAAAAGUAUGUAUUGUCGAAGGUACCUAUAUACCUUAUGGUGCCGGAGAAGGGUAAGGUAGGUAGGUGGGUGAGGUAGGUACUGUAGUGAGC